AUGGACGGCGACGCUGUCAUCGCCAUUGCCCAUCAAGUGGUCGACGAGGCACACCGCUCAGCGGCCGGUACCGAUGUUACCACGCAGGACCUGCAGCGACCGGGCAUCACCUUCGAUCUCAGCCACAAGAAGCUCUCCAACCUUCCGAGCGAAGUCAUUGAGAUAAUCAGACAUGACAUCGAAAGAUUCGCUCUCUCUCACAACAUGCUGUCUUCUCUGCCCGCAAACUUGUCGGUAUGCUCCAAGCUUCGUUAUCUGAACCUUAAGAACAACUUGUACAGAGAAAUUCCACAGCCGGUUUUGGAGCUUACCUCCUUGGAGAUUCUCGACAUCAGCAAGAACAGACUGCGGGCUCUUCCCGAAGAAAUGUACAAGCUUGUGUCGCUCCGAGUCUUGACCAUCCAGAAGAACAGAAUCGAAAAACUCCCUCUCUGCUUGGGGGAGAUGAGCAACCUCCAUCGACUGAGACUGGAAGGGAACCCCUUGAUCUUCCCGCCAGCUGAGAUCUAUACUAUCCAACAGGAUACGCCGUCUCCCUCGAAUGAGGCAGAGCUAGAAGUUGUUAUCACGACUCGGAUCAAGAAACAUCUUCGAGUUGCUUUACGUCAGCGGGUCGACUCCGAAAGUGAAUUGAGGUACGGCCGUGGCAGAAUAUCUUAUAUACAUUCUUCUGAUAUAUACAGUGAAAGGGAUGUGGAGACACCGCGACCACCUCGACGUCCUAUGCAUGGUCGGUUCCCGGUCAGGCCUAGUAUUGGAGGCGCUGAGAGUAUGGGAGAGACUAUGACUGCCUCUCCAGGAGUUCCGCCCCCUGUCCCUGCUAGGUCGCACUUCCGUGUGCAGUCGCAGCAACAGAAUGUGGCCCAGGCCCGGCCCGGCAUUGCGCCGCUGCUCAUCGGCAGCGAGCGGAAUCGGAGCCAGAGCGAGAGCGUUAUGUCAGGGUCGACCAAUAUCCGUGCCAAGCGAAUGGGCAUCGUUCCGCGCAAGUCAUCAGAUCUAAGAGCAGUCAACGAAGCCAGCCAAGCAACCUUGAGACAACAACAGUUCCCUACGUACGGUUCCGCCAUGGGUUCCGCCGAGCCUAACCCUCUUGCCGGCUUCGAGGAGCUGAACAUACCCAAUCGUCUAUCAGAUCUUCCGGAAGACGUCGCCGACCCUUAUUCCCAGAUAGAGCUCGACGAACAUGACGAAGGUGAAGACGGUUUCGAUGACCUUUUGAGCGUCGCAGAGGUUGGUCGUACCACUCUGUACAGCCUCCAGAAGCAGCUAGAAGACUGCGACAAGGUUCUGCUGAGCAUGGGAGAGCAUGGUGGCCUGUUCUUUCACCGGUUCCAGAUGCUGGCUGAAGCACUUGGCAUCCACCUUGUCAAGCUUGAGCGACUGAUCAAGAGCGUCAAGGAUCUUAUGCCUGACGAUGAAGAAGGAGUUGCAGAGCUGUGGGAUGCCAUUGAAUCCUCCAUCCAGGAUUGCAUUGAGGGCUACGGUCCGAUCGACACUUUCAUGAAUGACAACAAUGACGAAAUAGUGGAACACGCACAUGAGGGCGCCAUGCGAAGCCUCAUACUCUCCCAAUAUGCCGGCACCAUGGCAAUGCGCGGUGUUCUGGAAGAAGAGCUCGGUGUCGAGUUUGUGGAGUCUGAGCAAGCUGCCGCGCCUCAGAAUAUCCGCUCGCAGGUUCGAUCUAUCACACCAACCCAGCAGCAGCCGUUCGGAUUACCCACCAUGCAGUCCGCUCUCGACCAUACCACAACUGUCCGAGGCCCAGCUAUAGGCGGCUCCUUUCCUUCGAGCAUCGACAACAGUCGCUCCAACACUCUCAGCAGCACAGUCGCCGCGACACCCAGCUCCGCCGGAUCAUUCCCGGUCAAUCUGCCUUCGGCCCGCACUUCCCGCAGCAACACCAUGCACGGCGUCAACGAUUUUCAAGAGGAGCAGCAGUUCGAACAGAUCUUUCUCAAGUUGAAGCACGUCUGCGAACUCGCACAAGGAGAGCUCCCAGGCUGCCGCGCAGUUUUCAUCAAAGGCCAAGCCAGCGCCCAGAAGAGCAGGGAACCAGACGGCAGGCUUCUGGGCCUCUGGUCCCACCUCGUCGAGAAGACCGACGAGAUUCUCCGUGCCGUCGCAAACCUCCAGGCUCGCCUCUCCGAGAUCGUUCUCCGCGACCCUACCGCCCGCAACCAGCAAGGCCUAUGGCAGUCGUCAAUAACCUGCCUCAAGUCUUGCACCGAUCUCCUCGCCUCCGUCAAGGAGAUGGCGCGUUACGGCGUCAUGAUGGAUGAGGCCACCAUCUCCCUGCGGCCAAUCCACAAGGCUGUCAAAGAGGUUUCGGUGGCCAUCACCAACUCUCCAUGGAGCCUGCUGGCCGUGGGCAGCGGCGCCAGCGGCCCCCUCCCCGCUCCCGCCGCACCACCGCCACUCCCAGCAACGCCUCUCAGUGCUGCGUUGGGCCCGGCCGCCCAGGCCACCGUGCCUACUGCGCGCCGCCUUUGA